AUGGUCUCGGCAUUUCAGAUGCAGGCUUACUACAGGCCCAACCCAUUGACAGUCGACACAACACAGGCUCAGAAGUACUUCGACGAAGAGGAUAGCAGCCACUUCGACGAAAGUAUUUUGGACCACAACGGCCUGGACUCGGGACUUGAGAUGUCACCGCCCAUGGCCGAUAGCCGCAGGGACUCCUUUGCUAUCUCAUCCACAUUAUUUUCACCCAAGACAGAGGACUGGCAAUCAGUUGACAUGCAAUCCGUACCGUCAAAUAACCCCUUCCUGGAGCCACAGAACAACAACCCUUUCAUGCGCAUGGAUCAAUCGCAAGGUUAUGCACCUCAAGGGCAAUGGAACAUGAGCCAUGGAUCAGGCACUUGCACACCUUUACAACAGUAUGAUGGCCUCGCUGCUGAGUAUGACGGCGGCGCAUCCGUCUUUCAACAGUCCAUGCCCACCCAGACACCCUUUACAAACCCCACUGGUCAGGUUCCGUUGUUCCAGAACAUUGGACCCAGCAGCCAUUCGAUACCAACAUCGCCAAUGAAGGCGUGGGCCGGCCCGAAUCACCAGUCAAUGGCCAAGCGAAUGCGCCCUGAUAGUCCACCCAUCAGAUCGCAUAAUGACUUGCGUCGCGGCGAUGGCAUCAGGAAAAAGAACGCAAGGUUCGACAUUCCUGCCGAGCGUAACCUCAACAACAUUGAUCAAUUGAUUGCUCAGUCGUCAGAUGAUCAAGAGAUCAAAGAGUUGAAGCAGCAGAAGCGUCUUUUGCGCAACCGUCAAGCAGCUCUUGACUCGAGGCAAAGGAAGAAGCAGCACACGGAGCGACUCGAGGAUGAGAAGAAACAGUACACCGCCGUCAUCACUGAUCAGGAAGAGGUCAUUACGGAACUAAACAUGAAACUAAACCAGCUCAUGCGUGAUAAGGAGUACUUUCAGAACCGUACAGAAGUUCUCAUGAUGGAGAAGGAAGAACUCAUUGCGAGUCAUACCAAUGAGACUGGUGAGCUCCGCAAGAAGGUCAGCGUUCUCAGCGAUCAUGUCAAGAGCCUCGAAAAUGCCAGCAUGCCCAGCAACGCCGGCUAUUCUAACGCCUUCAACGACAUGGAAAUGACCAUGGAUCAUUCUUGGGAGAAUAUGGGAUUCUUGGGAGAAUUUCAGCCUAUGGAACAGGACGUCAAACAAGAACUCCAGGUUGUGCCAACCAAGAGAACUGAAAUUGCACUACCUGCGGAAGUGGAGAAGUCUUCCCAAGGUGGCAUCCUCUUUAUGCUCUUCCUCGUCGGUGCAUUCGUCCUGUCCAACCGUUCAGCACCCAGCAUCCCACGUGUCUCCGAGGACCUCCGUGAGGCUUCCGCCACCCUUCUUGAGAACAUCUUCAAGGACGCUGGUGUUCAUGGACCAGAUGCCGCCAUGGCCGCCUCCGCUCCUCAGCCUUCAGGAAACAGCUGGGCCAUGGCUACACCUACUCCAAUGCACACCGCGAACAUGAACGGGAUUGCCCCAUCACAACUGGGCGAUCUCAGCGACUCUCUUACCCAGCCUACUCAACAGCAAACCAAGGAACAACUCUUCUCCAUGACACCUGCCCAGUACAAUGGUGUUACCUCCCAGGACUUUCUUCAGAAUGCACCACCCCCAGCUACCAGUCAAGGCCGGCGCAAUCUCGCAGAAUCACUUGCGGCUAUGCGAAACAACGACAAGCAAUCAGCCGCCGAAAUCUACACUAGAUCUCUCCUGUGGGACCAAAUCCCCCGCGAUGUUGUUAGGAAUUUUGCGAAAAUGGUGGCCGAGGCUAAUGUCCACAACGAGCAUCAGUCCGGCAAUGAAGCAAUUUCAUGA